AUGGCCAUUGGCAAUAAGCUAACUACUGGUUUAAAGUUAUGCCUUGCUCACUACUGUGACAUCCAUGGGCCAACCCCGUUGAUGGUCACCGAGGGACUGAGAAGUCCGUGUUCUGUUUGUUUUGAGGAAGUUGAUCCCAUUAGUACAGCAACCGGCAAAACGAAAUGCGAUGUUCGAACACGAUCAGGUGGUCCGACGUCCGCGCCGCAAUCUCAGUCUUCUGUUGCCCUUAAUAAUACGUUUAGGGAUCUAAGCAUCGGGCGCAGCGGUUCUGCACCUGCCUCGGAGCAUGAUGCCCACUCGCAACGUGCUGCUUUGCGCCGCUCCACCACAGCAUCUGGUAAUACAAACUACACGGUCAGCUCUUCGGCUCUCGACACGCCGCCAGAAAGCCCACGGCCAGUUUUCCAGCAACCUCGCCGGGAUUCAAGCUUCCGGCGCACUUAUGAUGACACUGUCACCAAGAAACAAGGCCCUUGUGAUAAUUGUGCUAUGACGCUACCAAGGCGACAAACCUCUGGCGCAACCCCAGAGGACUAUGCAACAGGGGCACAUGGACCGACUCUACGCACCAAGGCUCCUGUCGAGAGGGUGUUUGGGCCUGCUGGACAGACCUCCCCACCUAACUCGCAGACCUCGAGUGACACAGAUGGCGAUCGCGAAACGAGUACGCGACGUGUGCGAUCACGGAGAACAGCCCCGACGGCGAGUAGCUCUAGAAAUACGUCAUGUUCCAGCACAUCGACCUCAUCAGAGCGAACUCCAUAUCACUUUCACUACGUCAACUACACAUCUACCCACGAACCCAUCCUGGCUGAUUCCUUCUCGUUGAUUCGUGCGUCAUGUCUACGUGCCCUAUCCUUCGAGACCCUUCCUCGACCUCCGUCCACAUCUACCCCGACUUCCUCGCCACAGCUUAAUACAUCCCCGUCUUUUGUCACGACGCAGAGUCCGGGCUCGGCAGCAACAGGCGGGCCAAUUUUUUUUGGCGAUGCCCUAGCAGGUUAUACCACAGCAUACAUCUUUCGCAUUCCAGAUGUACAUGCUCGAGGGCACAAGCGAGUGUACGCGUUUUUAGCCCUUAGUACACACAAAGAGAGACUAGCGAUGAAGACAUUUGCUAUGAUUUCAGCCGCCUUCAGGGAUUUGGCCACCUGGAUUCAGCAGCUCGCUGAAGCGGAAGCGGAACGCACGACAGCCAACUCGUCCCCCAUUGGCAGUGUCAUGUACGGUGGCGGAGCACAACCACAGCCCCAAGCCUCUGCCUUUGACCCUCCUGCCGCAGUUGACCGGUCUGGCAGCAGCUUCCUGACUGGUGGGAGUGCCUUCACAAGGCGUAUGGGCGGUGGACCGGGUGCUUCGUCACUGAAGGCCCGCGGGCUCGCGGAGCUCGUUGGACAGCCUGAUUUUUUCAUUGAGCUGCAUGGCAAGUUUGUGCAACUCCUCUUCGAGGUUGGUGUCGCUUUGAAUUCUUGA